AUGGAUUCUCACGGUAAGGCAAGUGUUUUGGGAAUACAUCAAACGAAUGAUGGGUUGAAGCCUGGUAAGGAUGGAAAUGAGGAGAAGGAGAAUAAUGCUGUUUACAGAAGUGCAAAUUAUGAAAAUGAGAAUGGUGAACAUUACAAUGGAGGAAUGGAAGAAUAUUAUCAGGGAGAGGAACAACACUAUGAUAAGAACUUCGAAGGGAACUCGAAGCAUAACAAAACUGAAGAAGUAGAAAGAGGAGGAGAUGGGGGAAAUGGGGAAUAUGAGCUUGAAGGGAAUAGCAAGAACAAUUUGAACAGUGAGUUAUUGCGUAAUGUGUCAAAUAAAAAGAAAAAAAAUAAGUAUGAAGGUAUGUAUAAAGGUAAAAUGGAGAAGGAAAAAACAAAUGUAGGAGAAAAGGAAAGCACACCAUAUUGCUCUUUUAAUGAUUAUGAAGAGGCAGGAGGAGGUAGCCAAAAUGGUGAAAAUGGGGAAGUUCGAACGAAUGAAAAUGGAUACAAUCAUCAUCACAAUCCAAAUGAUGAAAAUAGAAACAAUCGGGAGAGGUUUGAUAGUAUCGAUGAAGAGAAAGGCGAAAAGGCAUUGAAUAAGGACAAGUUAAAGAAAAUUGAGAAAAAGAAAAAAAUGAUGAUGGAAAGAAGUAAGAAGAAAAAGAAAGAAAAUGUAGAUGAUAAGAAAUUUAGCGAAGUAUAUAAUUCAAUAUAUGAAAAUUUAAAAAAAAAGAAAGGAAACAAAAAAAAUAAUGAUAAUAAUUGUGAUGAUGAUGAAAAAAAUUACACAAAUAAAAAUGAUUUUUACGAAAUUAAUUAUGCUUCGUCCGAUAAUGUUAAUUCCAUUUCAAGUGUAGAUGAUGAUUCAUUAUUUAAUGAUGAUGUAUUGAAAAAGUAUAUAAUAGGACAAGUGUUAAAUAUAAUGAGAACAUCUUUUCAUUGGGCCAUUACAUCGUUUUUAUUAUUUUCUCUGUUUGAUCAUUUCUCCAUAUUUUAUGUAUACAGAUUAGUAUCAUUCUUGACACUGUUUUUUUUCACACCUAUAUCUAUAUAUUUAGUAAAAUCGAGAAGUAUAAAAUUUUUCUUAAUUGCAACAAAUACAGUGAGGUUAAUAGUUUGGGGAUUUUGUAUUCCAGCAUUAUAUACCAUAUAUAGAGAUGAAAUAAAAAAGUAUUAUAUUAAUCGUUUUUAUGAAUUUCUGUUUGCACUUUUGCUUUUCAUUGAUAAUAUACAAGUAAAUAUAUCGAACCUAAUUGAUAUAGAUAAUAAUGGAAUUGAUUUUUUGUCUAAAAAAUAUCAUUUAAAAAUUACAGAAAAAUCGAAGAGGAAAUUUCUUACACUUCAUCAAUUCUUUUUUGAUGCAUCUUUUAUUGUUGUGAAUCCACUCAUUAUAUUUAUUAUGUACUUAUUUAGUUGUUUUUUCAAUGAAACAUAUCUAAGGGAUGUAUUCAUUUAUCUCUCUUCAUUUAUUUUUGCUGUAAUUACAAUAUUAUCUUUGGUAGUAUAUACUAUGGGCUUGGAAGAAGCUGAGAAAAAACUUAAAAAAAAUAAUUCCAAACAGUAUUCUACUUUUUAUGAAUCUCAAAACACAGCAGAAGAGAAUAGCAUAGAAGAUGAUGAUGAUGAUGUUGAUGGCAUGUUGGAAUCUGGUAAUUAUAACAAACAUCUUCAGGGUGAAGGUAAUAAAGAUGGGAAUGAUAAUGUGCAUGAGAAUAGAAAUGGAAAUGAUCAUAGGAAUGAGAAUGAUAAUGUACACCAUCGAGACAAUGAAAAUGAUUUCGAAAAAUAUUACGCAAGACAUAAUAACAAAGAAGAAAAGUACAUAACUUAUAACAACUAUCCAAAUAUAUAUAAUGAUCAGACCAAAAAAUAUCUAACAGAACGAUCGAACAUCGACUAUGAGAAUUAUGAUGGGUUUGAACACAUGUCUUUGAAGAAUCAGUAUAAGAAACAAUUUUAUGAAUUUUAUGAUAAUGUCAUUCGAAUCAAGAAUGACAACAUGUUACUCUUUUAUGUUUGCUCCUUGUCUUAUCUGAACAGUGUGGAAGAUAUUAUGAUUCUCAUGCUCAUUCCCUUGACAUCUAUAUACGUAUCGGAGUUUUUCUACAUCAACAGUAUUUUCUCUCAAAUUCUCAUCGCGGUUACAUUGAUAUCUCUCACCAAAUGUUUCGAGAAUGUUUCCUACUAUUCAAACAAGAAGAAUAUCAUAGCUUUGAAGGAUAUUUUUAUAGGAAUAAUCCUGUCUGGAGUAUCUCUCCUGUUUUUCUUUUUUCCAUUUUUGAUGAUAAACCACCUGAACAUAUACAGCUUUUUAGUUUUUUACAUUUUCUGCUGUCUGUUCUACUUCUUCUUUUCGACCAAUUUGAAAACAACAUUAUCCCUGAAUUUGCAAAAGUAUGUACGAGAAUCCAAAUCAGACAUCUACAACUUCGUUGGAUUAUUCAUGUCUUUUGUUAAUCUGGUCUUUGUUAUAUUUACAGCUUUCUUCUUAUCAAUUUUAGAUAAUUUUGUUAUUAACUAUGUUAUGAUUUGUUUCUUUUUGAUUGUACUCAUGGGAUUGUUAUAUGCAUGGGGUAACGUCACGCUGAAGAAGGACAACAACAAGUAA